AACGAACUAGUAAUGCAUUUGGGUCAUUGGUUGCUAUUAGAGAACUAAAAUAGUUACUCCCCCGUAAAUAAUUUUCAGAGUGAAAAAAAUGGGACAAAGCCUUGGGAUUUUUAACAAAAAUAAUAAUAAAAAGAAACUUAAAACUAUGUAAUUUGUCUCCAACUUCCCUUUAAAGGAUGCUCCUAUUCUUACACCAAGCACAACUACCCAUAAGCAUCUACAGAGAGAGAGAGAGAGAUGGGCACAGUACAAGUUUUUUCUGCAGAUGAUGAGGACUACAUUGACAUGGAAGUGAGCUCUUCAUACUCAUCCAACUACCUCUGCUACUCCUCUAUUAGUUCUCCACCUCAAACCAGAGAGUUUGAGUUCCAAUUAAUCUCCUCUUCAGUUUCUCAAGAUAAAGAAGCCACAACUUCUCCUGCCGAUGACCUCUUCUACAAGGGAAAACUCCUCCCCCUUCACCUCCCUCCACGCCUGCAAAUGGUUCGAAAGCUCCUCCACAACUCAGAAGAACAGCAACCCUUUGAAGAUAACCCUUCUACUCCCUUUGUUAACACCUCAGAAUCUUGCAGGGUCAGCACUGAAAUAAACCCAGACGACUACUUGUUCGAAUGGUCAAGUACUGAAAUGAGUGCUCUGAUUAAUGCUGAUCAUAAUCUUCCUAAGAAGUCAUGGACCAAGAAGCUCAAGCAAAUCAAGCAAUACUCUGUGCUCAGUCAGAAGCUUAAGGCGUCCAGAGCUUAUUUGAAGUCUUUGUUUAUCAAGUCUGGUUGUUCAGACGAGUCCUCUGCCCGAGACAAGGAUUGCUUGAACAAAUGCAUGAAGGUGCCAGAGAAAAACCCUUCUGGGAAAUCUGAUAAUAUCGACAGAUUCAAGCUUGUUUCGAGCUUUGACAGAGAAAUUGUGGAAGAUGUUACCACUGCAAUUCAAAGAAGGUCCUUCUCGGGUGCUAUUCAGUGGCAUUCUUCCACCACUAAAUCUUCUUUGUCUUCUUCGUCAUCUACCACUUCUUCUGGCUCUUCAUCUUUUUCAUUCAGUUCGACCGGAAUUGUUGAUGUGCAUUUGCUGAAGAGUAGUAGUAGUGCAAAUUCAGAGAUUGAGGGUUCCAUCGAAGGAGCGAUUGCUCACUGUAAAAAUAGUCUCAGCAACGUAUUUCCGGUUUCUAAAACUGAAGGCUGAAAGAAUUUUGAAAUCAUACCCUUCCUCCGUCUAGAAUGCUUAUUUUCCCAAAAACACCAAUUGAAGGCUUUUUUUUCCUACUUAUACAAAAAAAGAUCAAAAGUUGUCCAAAUGAACAUGGUCUAUCCAUACUCUCCAGUCCAGUGUAAGCUUCAAACAAAUGAACUUAAGCAUCCCCAAAAAUUACAGUAUUUGAGGAUACUGCAUUACUUACUAGUGUAAAGCUUCAAACUAACAGCAGAUUUUUUUAUGUAUCCACUUCCGGUUUAAUUAAAUCAGGUACCCCAUGCCCUGCAGGAAGUAAUUGCCAUAUGAGUAAAAUUAACCAUAUCCACAUAAAAAAUAACUUGACCAUAUGACUAGAAGAUAUAUAUACGUUCUAAUGAUACCGGCUUAUGGUAUGCACUAUGCAGUGCUUUCUUUAUGACAUUGAAUUAAACGACUAAAACCACAAGAUCUCAUAUCCAAUUCCAGCUGCUGUAAAACUUUCUGAAAAAGUCAGAUGAAACUUUCCCUGUACUAUGGUCCUUUUUCAAUAUAUAUGGCAGUAUGGUGCUAGUAGUAGUGCUGGUGCAGUAGAACAUGAAAUUGAGGAAUAUAAACUCUCUCUUUUUUUGUUACUUUUCACUUUUGAAAAGUUAAAAGUGGAAAUUCCUUCACAUGAACAUCAAUAAAUAAGAAAAAGAUCUGCUGUGUUCAUCAUCUCCGAGACAUUUUAAGACCCAAAAAAUCAGGAAAAAAAACCUCAUGAUGCAGAUUAACCAAAGUCAAUUUCUUUACCUUUUCCCCUGUUUUUUUUUCUUCUUUAAUCUGAAUAUUAUCUGCAUUUUUUUUUAUGAGAAGCCAUGUAUUGCAAAUGAUUUAACCAAAACUGACAUUAAGAAGAAGACAAACAUGUAGUCAAAGGGCAGACAAGUUUUCUAGCUCAUUACUUCUCUUUCUUCUUAUGAUUCUGACUAAACAUUAAACUCAGCAACUAUGUCUGCUUGAUUUUUGACAGGAUUCAAGAGGAAAAAAAUAUAUUAAAAAUAAAAAAUACCCAAAGCUCUAAGUUUGUUUGGCUACAAGCUUUCAAAUGAUUAACCAAAUAAAAUACAAUUCUAAAUCUAGCGUAUUAACAUGCAUAUAUACAAGGAAAGAAUUAUGUAAGAGACAUGUACAUGCACAUCAAUUGAUCCAGACAAGAUGUGUAAUACAUACAUACACAUACAUAUAUACAUACAUAUAUAUAUAUAUAUAUGGUGAUAAGAGAGAAAGAGAGAUAACUGCUGGUGUCCAUUAGAAGUGCAGUUAUUGAUUAAAUCAAAUGAAUAUUUCACAAGCUAUAUAAAUAAAUUUUCCAAUAAAAUAGUGAGGGUUCGAAUAUCAUAAUAAUCGAUCUAGGUGGAUUUGAAAGGCAUUGCUGGGACCAGGUAGCCAGAGGAGCAUGUGAGUAACGUCAGGGAAGAUUCAAGGCAUCAAAAACAUGAUUUUCUUGCAGAGAUUUCUGGACUGUAAAUCUUUUGGUAAGUGUAAUUGUCAUCUUCUCUCGGACUUUAUUCUCAGACUGAUGCAUGACCCUCUCUAUAUCAUAACAAUUUUUGGGUCGACAACAGAAAAGACGGGGACGACACCGUUUGCAAGAAGUUACCAUAUUCAACUUAACCAUACCAACCAAAAGAAGAAAUAUUUUUUCUGUUAUAGUAAAGCUUCUAUAUAUUUUAUGAUUCAUAUGCAGUCCAGUUGAGGGAUUGAGGCACAUUGCCCCUCUUUUUUAGUGUAAAAUAAUUUUUUAAAAAUCUCAAAAAAAGUAAUAAAUAGAAAGUACGUAAGGUUUUGACCGAAAAAAUAUGUUACACUUUGCUGCAAUCCAAUGGUUUUCAGAUUGUUUACGUAUUAUUUUUUUUUAAUGAAUUUGGUUUUUUAUUCAACGUAGAAUACAAAGGUUAGAUUCAAAAUUGUGGAUAAUUAUCACUUAUUAUAUAUUGAAUGUUUUAAAUAAAUAUAAAUACGAAAAAAUAAAGAAAACUGUGAUUGGGGAUGCUCUUUUUUACCCCAAUCAGAGUUUGAAUUGAUUAUGAUAUCGUAAAUUGGUAAUAGUUUUAUUAUCAUUUUGUUGGCAAAUAUAGUCAGUCCACCAGAUAGACCGAGACCACCGAUUACUAUAUAUGCAUCACAACAAACUCACUACAUAUUAUUAUCAUGCUUGCUAUGCAGCAGGCAGCAGCAAGAGCUAGCGCAAUCCUUGACCACAACGCCAAUGAAUAUAUAUAUAUAUAUUCCAAAAAUAUACUAAAAAUGGUUUGAGCAAACCAACACCAUCAAACUCAAGAAUUAUUUGAUUUCUUGAAGACUUGUGGUCUCUUGCUCCUUAUGCCCUAAUUUAUUUCUCCAAAUAAUUUUUUUUUUUUUCCUCCAUAAAUAUUAAAUAGCGUUUAACACGUCGUAAUGAUCAUCAGAAACAAAAUGAAAUUCGAAAAAAAAAAGAAGCAAGUAGGAGAA